AUGAAUAAGGGUUUGCCGGGACUCGAAGGAGAGUUAGGAGAACAUGGAUUUGACGGAUGCAAUGGGACUGAUGGUAGACCUGGCUUUCCCGGUCCACCGGGCUAUCAGGGACAGGCGGGCCAACCAGGCUUUCCAGGAAAUGAAGGACCAAAAGGAGAACCGGGAAUGGGAGGAAUCAAUUCUGUGGGCAUUAAAGGAGAGCCCGGUUUAGAUGGAAUUCCAGGCGCACGAGGACUGCCGGGUUCUCCGGGCUAUCCGGGAGAUAAGGGUGACACAGGAUUCUUAGGCGCACCGGGCCCGAAAGGAGGUAUAGGAUCUGAGGGCCCCCGAGGACCACAAGGAGAGGCUACAAUCGGCCCAAAGGGGGUUAAAGGUGAAGGCGGACCGCCCGGUGAUGUUGGACUCAGUGAACAGGGUGGAAAUGAACUAGUUGCAAUUGAAACAGACCUUGUUAUCAUGCCUGGUUAUGAAGGAGAGUUUGGAGAAAAAGGCGAAAAGGGAGAAAAAGGACACCGGGGUAUCAUUGGAGACAAUGGGUUUGAUGGAAUGAAAGGAUUUUCGGGCCCACCAGGCCUUAAAGGAGAUAUCGGCGACGAAGGACCGCGAGGUAAAAGAGGCAAACCUGGUGUUAGCGGGGCUUCAGGUGAUAAGGGAUACAAAGGUGAGCCCGGAUAUGAUGGAGAGUAUGGAAGACCUGGCGCUAAGGGAAUUCAUGGCGAUUAUGGACUGCCCGGUCGACCGGGUCCUCAGGGUGGACAGGGGGCUAAGGGUGAACUCAUACCGUCGGGAAAGACAAUAAUUGGUCCUCCAGGAACACAGGGGCACCCUGGUGAUGUUGGACAUCCAGGUCUUUCAGGCAAACCUGGUCUUCUCGGGCCAACCGGUUAUCAGGGACUUGUGGGAGAACCGGGACCACCGGGUUAUGCGGGCCAACCCGGGCCACAGGGGUUUUCCAUUAAAGGAGAUCCAGGAGACGACGGUUUUCCUGGAAUACCUGGAUAUAGGGGUAGACCGGGUCAGUCCGGACUCAGUGGUCCGAUCGGAGAACAGGGAGAAGUAGGCAAUGAUGUGGUCGGAUCGCCUGGAAUGCCAGGCAGACCCGGAUUCGAUGGCAUUCCAGGUUUACCCGGCCUUCGGGGAGAUGUCGGUUAUCAAGGCGAAAAGGGAUAUCCCGGACACUUGUCUAUUCGACGACAAGGAAGACCGGGAGAGAUUGGAUUACCUGGCUAUCCUGGAGAUCCUGGAAUUCCCGGAAGUGAUGGACCCAAUGGUAUACCUGGGAUACCGGGACCGAGAGGUGAAGACUGUCCGCAUUGUUUCCCAGGAUUUCCCGGUGGAGUCGGCGAUAAAGGAGAUGACGGCAGACCUGGUUUAAUCGGAAGAAAUGGUUUUGUGGGAGAAGUCGGAAAUCCGGGUCGAAAGGGAGACCGAGGAUUGCCGGGACUGCACGGCCUUAAAGGGUUUAACGGAUUACCCGGAGUGGAUGGCGAACAAGGCCGUUCGGGAAGAAAGGGAGAGUCAGGGGAACUCAUAAUUCCUUAUUUUGACAUAACUAAAGGCGAAGAAGGAAACCGCGGAUAUCCCGGACAACCGGGUCAGCCCGGUCUUCAAGACAUAACUAAAGGCGAAGAAGGAAACCGCGGAUAUCCCGGACAACCGGGUCAGCCCGGUCUUCAAGGGCGUUCAGGGUUUCCGGGAAUACAUGGAAUCCCUGGUCUUAAAGGCGAACAGGGAGACUAUGGAGAUAUAGGGCCGGCGGGGUUACCGGGAUUACAAGGUUUGCCGGGAGUGCCGGGAUUUAAGGGAGAAUUGGGUGAAGCAAUCAACGCAUUGCCGGGACUCCCGGGACCGCCUGGUAUUAGAGGCCACCCCGGAGACCCUGGUUUUGAUGGAGCACCAGGUCAAAUGGGAGAUCCGAUUGCUAUGGAUUUGUUGAUUAACAUAUAUCGCGGAUCCAAAGGUUUUCCCGGAAUUAGAGGUCAACGCGGAGAUGAAGGACUCGCAGCACCCCCAGGAUUGCCGGGUAAAGACGGUUUGCCCGGAUUUCCCGGACAAAAAGGAGAACACGGAAGAGAUGGCUAUUCGAGUCGCGGAGAAAUUGGACUUAAAGGACAUCCGGGAAGUCCUGGAGAUUCGGGAAAUAGAGGAUCGAGUGGUCUAACGGGGCGUAGAGGUGAUGACGGUUUGCCCGGAUUUCCCGGACCAAAGGGCGUUCAGGGUUUCCGGGAAUACAUGGAAUCCCUGGGAGACUAUGGAGAUAUAGGGCCGGCGGGGUUACCGGGAUUACAAGGUUUGCCGGGAGUGCCGGGAUUUAAGGGAGAAUUGGGUGAAGCAAUCAACGCAUUGCCGGGACUCCCGGGACCGCCUGGUAUUAGAGGCUACCCCGGAGACCCUGGUUUUGAUGGAGCACCAGGUCAAAUGGGAGAUCCGAUUGCUAUGGAUUUGUUGAUUAACAUAUAUCGCGGAUCAAAAGGUUUUCCCGGAAUUAGAGGUCAACGCGGAGAUGAAGGGCUCGCAGCACCGCCAGGAUUGCCGGGUAAAGACGGUUUGCCCGGAUUUCCCGGACAAAAAGGAGAACACGGAAGAGAUGGCUAUUCAGAUCGCGGAGAAAUUGGACUUAAAGGACAUCCGGGAAGUCCUGGAGAUUCGGGAAAUAGAGGAUCGAGUGGUCUAACGGGGCGUAGAGGUGAUGACGGACAUCCGGGAAGUCCUGGAGAUUCGGGAAAUAGAGGAUCGAGUGGUCUAACGGGGCGUAGAGGUGAUGACGGUUUGCCCGGAUUUCCCGGACCAAAGGGCGAACUUGGUGAUCCGGGUUAUGAUGGAUACAGUGGUCCUCCCGGUAUUCCAGGUAUUCCGGGUCCUAAAGGUUUAAUCGGGGAUUUCGGGCCACAAGGUCUGCAUGGAUUACCGGGACCUCAGGGCUAUUCAGGCCUUCCCGGAGUCAAAGGUUCGCCCGGAUAUACGGGAAUGGAUGGCGCGACAGGAGAUAAGGGAGAGCGCGGAGACCCCGCUGAGGGAACCAGAGGUAGACCCGGAAGACCCGGUGCUGAUGGAUAUGAA